GGUUGAUGUAACGUAAAGGGGAACACAUAUUUUAGAAACAACAAAACGAAUCUGAUUCCGCAAGCCGCUUAAGUCCGUUCGACAACAACAAAAAAAAAGCGCGCUUUUUGACGUCUGAUACGGCGGGAAAUGACCCCGAGAACUUACGUCCAGAAACGCGAAUGAAGAAUUCAGUGAACGAGGACACCUCGAAAUUCAAAUUGUGGAACAACGUGGCGUCCUGCAUGGAGAAAUGGUUCGGUGAUAAACGGCUCUGGUUAUUUGGCAACAACCUGCCGCUGUUACCGAGAAGGUCACGCGCCAGUAGCCGCGCAAUGGAACGCUACGAGAAACUUGCCAAGCUAGGCGAGGGCUCCUACGGUCUGGUCUACAAGUGCCGCAACAGAGACACCGGCGAGAUAGUCGCGGUGAAGAAGUUCGUUGAAAACGAAGACGAUCCACUCAUCAGGAAGAUCGCUUUGCGGGAGAUACGGAUGUUGAAGAACUUGAAGCAUCCGAACCUUGUUAAUUUAAUUGAAGUUUUUCGACGGAAGCGCAAACUGCAUUUGGUGUUUGAAUACUGUGACCACACGGUGCUGCACGAAUUGGAAAAGUAUCCAGCCGGCUGCCCCGAACUACUUUCAAAGCAGAUAAUCUGGCAGACUUUGCAAGGGGUCGCGUACUGCCAUCGGCAUAAUUGUAUCCACCGUGACGUCAAACCAGAGAACAUACUCCUCACGAGCGACGGAGUCGUCAAGCUCUGUGACUUUGGAUUCGCAAGGAUGAUCAGUGGCAGCUGUUCGUCGGAAUAUUCAGUUCACACCAUGAUUCCGUUCGGGGUGGACGUCAGAAGGAGAGCUAGCCCAGGUCCAGGAGAGAGUUACACGGACUAUGUUGCGACGCGCUGGUACCGAGCCCCUGAACUGUUGGUCGGAGAUACCAUGUACAGCACGCCGGUCGACGUGUGGGCCAUAGGCUGUGUGUUCGCGGAGCUCCUGUCAAGUGAGGCUCUGUGGCCGGGCAAGAGCGACUUGGACCAGUUGUACCUCAUCAGGAAGACGUUGGGGGAUCUACUCCCGCGGCACAUGACCAUCUUCUCGCAGAACACUUUCUUUCAGGGUAUGGCGCUACCGGAGCCGACGACUCUAGAACCACUCGAAAAGAAGAUUCCGCCGCGUUAUGCCAACAACGAACUCAUUCUAGACUUUUUGAAGAAAUGCCUGGACAAGGAUCCCAUGAUGAGGUGGACUUGCGAGCAGCUGUUGCGGCAUCCGAUCUUUGAGAACUUCCUGUUCACGGUGCCUCACUCCGAUCACGAAGAAUACGAAAGGGCCAGGAGAGCUCAGGUACAGUCAUCCCCGCUCCUGCCGCAGCUGAUCGUCAACGAGAGAACUCAGCCUAAAGGCAAAAAGUCGGAUCUGGAUUCCCGGAGUCAUCUGCCCACCAUAUGACUAGCGCCGCCAGCGCGACACCGGAAGUUGUCGUGAUUCUAUUAAAGCUAUUGAAUCAUCAAACAGUGUUUAAUUCAUUUUUGUGUGGAUAGAGAAUGACAGAGAAUGUUACAUAUUAUGUUACAACAGAUGGGCUGAGUCAGUCAGCUCAUUUCCUUAGCUAUGUAAAGAACAGCUGUAGCGUAAGCGAAUUGUGGCGAUAGCCAUCAUAGAACACAAGAUAUUUGACAGAUGCUUGAAUCUCGCUUACAGCGUUUUCAAGACGAGCUUGCAUGUACCUACACAUAUAUAUUUUUUUUAUUUUUUUUCCUACCUAUUCUGGUAACCUCAAGGGGUUAUUCUAGAUUCGUAGAGCUUGUAGGUGAGCUCACGGGGCUCAAACCUGACGACGUUGCUAACACUAACCCUAGCAAGAGCUGUGCUUCGGAUCGGAAACGCGACCCACUGAGAAGAUCCGGCGAGAAACUCAGUGGGCUGUGUCUGAGGGUUCAUUUACUCGUCGAGCCCUUCGUCGCAAGCGAUGGGUUCGACGAGAACGAUGACCGGUGCUUGAGGUACCUAAAAGCACCGUUAGUGGAUCAGGAGGAUCUGAAAUGACGUGUUUUGGGCGACGUCGACUGCUUUCCAUUCGGUCCGCAGGAUUUAAACAAGUUUAGAACAACAUUCGGACCGUCGCGUCGGUUUACCGAACAAUAUCACCCGCUUAGUGAAGACCUUCGCUUUGUCGUUAAAUCCCCCAAAGUAUAAUUGGACACAGUUCAAACAAUCCAGCGAUGUUUUUAUGGCCUAUCUAACUGUCAGUGCCCAUGAGGGACUUCUGGCUAUGCCAUGACAGGUGGGUGAGGAUUUCUAACAUCUGCCCUAGCAAGUGCAGCAAUGCUUCGCCGAAUCCGAAUCGUCGAUAAACGCUGUGGUUAUGUUGGAUGUCUCUUCGUUGCGUUCGCUCUUCUGUGCUUCGAGAGCUUAAAAGCACAACACAGCGACCAAACAGCAUGAAUAAACUACUUCGGCAAUUUUUACGUGUUUUCACCGUGUGGUCCAUGGUCAUGGCUGGUUAUGGGUGCCCAGAUAUAAUGCUAAUGCAUACGUCUCUGCAUAAAAAGUAUCUCGUGUCUACAUAAAAAGUAUGCAGUGACCUUUGUUGAACUUAUAGCUGUCUAGAAAAAAUCGCAGAUGGGCCCAGUGUAGUAGGCGCAGUGUAGUAAUAAAAUUCACAUGUUUUAUUAAUCUAUAAUUUAUUUUACUGUAUAUAUGUAUAUAGGCUUGACGUUCGAUGUAUUCAGCUAUGUUACGAUGGCUUUUUUGCUAAUGAAAGUUAUUUUAUAUAUUAAUUUCUGUUUCAAAAAUAUUGUUUUUGUAGACGACUCAUCAAAACUACAAACAUUUUAAAAUAUUUUUUAACACAUUUAAACAUGUUUUGUACUCAUUUUGUAACAUUUAUAACAUAUAAAUUUAUAUAAACAUACAUAUAGUUCAACAUAUAUCGACGCUUGAAAGGCAAACGUGACUAAGCGACAAUGCGUGAACUUUACAGUAGACUAAUUUAAAGUUGAAAUACCUGAAAACAAAUUAUAUUUUAACGAAUCUAGCUGUAGGAUUGAAAUGAUUUUAAUAAACCUAGAAAUAUAUAUUUUUUGCGCAUCGAAUAUGGUUAUUGCCUAUAAUUUAUGUACAAAGCAGUUAUUGUCGCGUCACGUUUGCCUUUCAAGCGUCGAUAUGAAUCCGGAAUUUAUUUUCUAUGGACAACAAUUAAUGUAAAUUGUUUCCUGUGUGUUUAUUUUGACCUGAAUUGAAAAAUAUUUUGAUUUGGAGCUUUCGACCUCUUUUUAUCCAUAUAAAAUUUGGAUUCUACAGAAUUUCAUGGGAAUAUAGUAAGAGUCAAAUUUAAAAUUAUCAGCUUUAUAGAAAUUAUUCCUAGAAUGGAACACAACACAAAUAAAUCAUAUUACCAUAGUACGAGUAAAUUUAUAAAAUUUUCUCACAUUUGUCUCAUCAGAUUAUAAUUUAUUUGAUGAUUUUAUAUGGUAGCUUGACUCUGCCCCUGGCAUUGCUGACGUCUGACAUCAGCGACGGUGACCACUUACCAUCAGGUUGGCCGUCUGCCUACAAUGGCAAUAAAAAAAAAAAAUGUGUGCGUGUACUAGUGUACACACGUAAGAAGUGAAACUUCUUUAUGGCCUUAUUUUUCGAAAAAUGAUCUACAUGCAACUUUCUAGAAAUUGGUUAAAUAAAGUUAAAUUAGAUAAAGUUUAAACAAAAGGAUUUUAUUAUCAUAGACAUGAAUACAAAAAAGUUAAAUUAGAUAAAGUUUAAACAAAAGGAUUUUAUUAUCAUAGACAUGAAUACAAAAAAGAUGGCGCGUAACGGAAAAAUGUGACGCGUAACCGAAAAAUGUGACGGUAAAUUUUUUUCCAACGCCGAUAAGGAAGUUUCACUUCAACAAAAAUAAAAGAUUAUGCAACUGUUACAAAAGAUUGAUUAUCAUUAUAGUUUCAAAGUUUUAAUUUUAUUUCAACAUUCAAAUAUUAGGUAAGUAAUAUUGUAAGUAUAUAUUUAAAUAUCAAUAAAAUUGUAUUAUUUUCUAAAACAUUAAUAAUUCUUAAUCUUAGUAAAAAAGAAAGUUACUUUUACCUUUAACUUAAUACUUUUAAUGAUUAGAAAUUGUAAAAUUAAAAUGAACUAGUAUUUAAUUAAUUAAAUUAGUGUAAAAUUUUAAAUUACAUGUGGAAAUAAAUAAAACUUUAUUUUAUUUUU